AAGUAAAACCAUAGACAAUAAUAUUGAACUUAUGACACUGGCAAUAAUUCAAUUGACAAUUUGAAAUGCAGGAAAACUGAACUUUUGAAAUAACGAAUUAGAUACGAAUAACAUUAGCAAUCCAAUAUUUGUUCUCGUAAGUUGUAACUUUGAAUCUUGAUUUAAAAACUUUUUAUUUUAUGUGUUAGUCAUAAAUAGUACGAAUUAUAAAAAUGCCUAGAGACUACGUAACAAACUUCCGUGGAGAUGUUUGUUUUACACCAAACGGUAAUAUUCGUGUCAAAGAAGAACCAAUCUCGCCUGACGAUAAUGACUUCGGAGAACACAACAAAUUGGACUUUUUCGAGAACGGCUUUACUGCUAUGAGGAAGUCUCUUUCAAUGAACGAUAUCGCUAUACUGAAACAGGAAUUGUCUAAUUUAAACUUUGAAAAUGAUGAGGACGGUGUUUGUGAAAGAUAUCAUAAACAAACUGGUGGAAACCAAGAAUUAUCGAAAACAAAGUUUGUAUCAAUGGCCGAGGCCAUAUAUCACUAUGAGAGAGAUACACCAGGACGUUUUCGUACCACUAAACCUAAACUAUUUCAACCACAACAAGUAAUGAGCAGAUCUAGGUUGACUAUAGCGCAAUCUCCCAUGUUGCGUUGUAAAACUCGCGCGCGUCCUCGUCACAUCAUGUCACAGAAAGAAAAAGAAGAAAUGGAGUUGGAAGAAAUAAAAAAGUUUAAAAUUAAGGCUAAUCCUAUUCCUAAAUCUGUGAUUAUUGGUCCAGUUCAUCUACCGGAUGUGCCAAGAAAACCGAUGACAGUUCCUGAACCUUUCAAACUUACUGAAUUUCAUAAGAAAAACAUGCAAUCACCCGAACAAGCUCAUCACUUUAAAGCCCGUCCUGCACCAAAACAUAUACUUGAGAAGCCACAGAUUCCUAUAAAGCCUAUCACAAAUAUUACUAAACCUGUUAGUCCUAAAUUUCAUUACAAAAGAGCAAACUCAACUGAUUGCUUGAAGCAUGAAAACAAACAAUGUGACAUAGCGACUAAGGCUAAAAACCAAGAAAAAACUGAAAAACAUAUUGUUCGACACGGUCCUGUCAAACCAGAACCAUUUUCCUUUGAGAAAAGGGAUGAAGAAUCAAAGAGACGCCGAGAGGAAAGAAUAAAAAAACAGUUAGAGGAGGAAAGGAAAAUGGCUUCACAGUUUAAAGCACAGCCUUUACCAAAUUCUGUUAAAAAAAGGAUGCACUCUGCAACAGGCAUUGGUUCUACUGCUUCUUCAGAAAAUAAGGAAAAUCAUGUCAAGUUUGAAGCCAAACCUCCUGUGGUACUCUACAAAGAACCAUUUAAGCCUGUACUGCAGGCUAACCCUAUUUCAAAGCCAGUGCCCUUUGAGCUGACUACUGAAAAAAGAGCAGCUGAAAGAGAAAGAUUCGAAAAACAAAUAAAAGAGAAAGAAAAGGAAAUGGAAAAAAAUAAGCAGCUGAAAGAACAGGAACAGCGAGAGGCUGAGGAAAGGGCAAUAGCACAAUUGAGGUCUACAUUGGUACAUCAUCCAAAACCAAUCCCAUCAUUAAAUCCAUUUAUUCCAGAAAAAUCAGCAGGACCUCUCACUGUCCCAGAAACACCUAAAUUUGUUAGAAGACUGAAACAAAAGUAAAUUUAUGUUCACUAUUCAUAAUACAAAUUAUGUGUUAUUCUUGUCACUUUAAAAUGGACUACUUUUGGAAAUUGUGAUUGACAUUUUAUAUAUAUUUAACUUUAACAUUUAUUAUUACUGUAGCAACAUGUAUAAUGCAUAUUAUUAUAAUUAUGU